AUGCCAUUGGGCACUAUCUUUAAAGUUGGAAGUGCGGCAUAUGAGCUGACAACGGUGGUGACGGAUGUGAUCCUCAACUACGAGUACAUCAAUCGCAAUUGGCUGGAAGAGUACUAUCUGUCGAUUGCGUUUCUCGUCUUCAAUGGUAUCGUCAUGGGGUUUGUAGGACUUCGCAUUGACGUUUUGUAUCCGAACCGCUUCUCCACCAACAAAUGGAUCAACAAGGUGCUGGGUUUCGGUAUCGGACUACUCCAAAUGCGCGUCUUCGUCGAGACCAUCUUUACGGUCAGUACAUCGAUUAUCAAGAGCACCGGAGGCAAUAAACAAGCCAGAAGCCAAGAUAAUGCAGACCAAGAUGACAAUGCAGAUUGGACAUGGACGCACAUGAUUGCCGAAGACGUUGGCGGUAAGGAAGCGAGUGAAGAAGCCAGACAACGGACGGAGCAGCUCGAGGACGGCAAGAUGUACGCUACAUUUAUCCAAGUGAUCGUGCGUGAUAUUCCAUUGUUUAUCUUGCAGGCGAACGCUACCAUUCAUUACCGCAAGUGGCAGUUCAUUGAUAUUUUUACCGUGAUCACUACGUUUGUGUCGCUAAUGCGCGGCACAGCGGCGUAUGUGGCAAAAGAAGAUGGAGCUGGCCUGAAGGUGUUGGCUUUCGUCUUCCUCAUAGGCCAGUUCGUGUUCCGUUUGGGUGCGAUUUUACUUUUGGCGAUGACCAAGGGCUUGACAAUCCUCGUUUUUGGAAGCGUGAUCACGCUGUUUGCCAUCCUUUCGGCUGUAAAGCUAAGCUUGGCAAACGAAAGUCGUCGUUUCGUUGACCAGCUACAUGCAGUCAUUCUCUUCCCAUUCUUCGCGUUAUUUGUCGUAGACGGCUCGAAACUGGAUGCCCAAAAUGGAUCAUCCAUUCCAGCUUUACGCAGCAACAAACUUGUGUACCUCCACCUUUGGCGAUGUGUAGAGAAUAUCGUGGGUAUUGUACUAGCAGUAGUCCUACCACGCUAUACCGACUUUGGAGUCAGCUACGACGCGACCAUAGUGGUUAUUGGAGUGAUCUGCGCUGCUAUUUACGCAGCCACAGGCGCUCAGAAGCGCGACUACUUCGAUCAGAUUGAGGAAUUACUUCACCCUCCACAACGUCGACGUUCAAAGACAGACAUUGCUGUUGCAACCGACGUGAUCGGGAACUCGAACGGGACGAGGCGCCAAGUUACAAACUUUGCCACCAUUUUCGAGAACAAGCGACGACCAACGACGGAAGGAACACCGAAAGCAGUCGAUAUGCGCAACCUGGAGAAGCAUGGAGCCCUACAACAAGACAAGCGACCUGCAGAACGCAAGAUUAAAGGCCCAGCUAAAAAAUCAAAGCUCGCAGCAAACACUGGAUCUCUUGAUAUUUCUAGAACGCUAUUGCUACAUGGUAAGCGCAUUCUUUUGAUCCCACUUGGACCCGACAUGGGUCGCAAACGUUUGGAAAUUUUGCGAGGUAUAGUUUUGAAACUAGGUGGAAAUGUGGUGGAAACGCAAGUGAGGACUAGUGCUAGAUCGGGUAAUGCAGCCGCAAUGAAACUGAAUGACAUUAACAUAAUUAUUGCAAGUGCGCAGCUCAAGCACGACAAGGCAGCACAAUUCUUGCACGUUGCAAAGUUUCCUCCCCCCAAUGUCGAGGUCUACACUCCAGAAUGGAUCGUGUACUUAUUGCAAAAGAAGAAGCUCCCGUCUCCAGGAAUACUGCUGACAUGGGCUGAGCAGCAGCAAGUUCAAGACGAAGCGGUAAAACACGAACAGCAUUGCGCUGAUGUAGCACAACUUGCUGAAGAAAAACGAGCUCAGAAUAAAAGCAACCGCGGCGAGAGUGAUAGUGACGAAGGCUCAAAUUCGGAAAACUCGGAUACUCGAGAAAUUGUGCGUGCCCCGCCAGUGGCGAUCAAUAGUGAAAACUUCCGCGAGCAACAAGGUGUAUUGAACGAAAAAAACAAGAAGUUAGUGGAGGAACGAACACCUAUUUUCUACAAGAACAACCCAGGUUUUCGUCCGAUAAACGAGGGAGCGACAUCAAGUUCCAAAAAGGUUAAAGGUGAAGGUUUUAUAUGCCAACGAACAUCAGCGAUUCAGCAAAAUCUCAAUGCUCAUUUGACGGACCCACUGGAGGAGAUGAUGGAGUAUCUCGAUGUUGAACGGGAUGUAUGGCGGCACUAUAUGUACAAGAAAGUUGUAUCGAGCUUGAAAGCUACGCGCUAUCGUGUCUGCAGUGUAAAAGAUUUCAAGGAUAUGCAGUGGGUAAAAGGGCGACUACGAGAUAAGGUUAUCGAAAUCCUGGAGACAGGUCGACUGGCUAAACUCGAUGCAAAGAAGAGCAACUCACGACUGCGUGCAUUAGUUGAAAUUGCCCGAAUCUGGGGAGUUGGUCCAGUUACAGCAGCAAAGUUUUAUGGAAUGGGGUAUAAGACAGUAGCGGAUCUAAGAAAUCCUGAGGCCACAGAAAUGCUGACAGCGCAGCAAAAAAUUGGAGUGAAGCACUACGAGGAUUUUUUGACCAAGAUUCCAAGGGCUGAAGUGCAACAGAUUGAACAAGCUGUCGUGGAAGAAGUCCACAAGAUGAUACCGAACGCUAUAGCGCUGGCUUGUGGCUCGUAUCGUCGAGGAAAGCUCGCUUCUGGUGACUGCGACAUUCUCGUCACCGAUCCGGACGCCAACUCGUGCGAUAUCUUACCAGAACUACUUGAGCGUCUUCAUGCAUCGGGUUUUCUGACUGGUAAUUCAACCCGCAUCAUUGACGAUCUGACGCACUUUCGAAAGCAAAAAACUGGCGGUUGUGAUACUUACAUGGGUGUUUGCCGUGUCUCCAAGGAUCUCCCGUAUCGUCGACUUGAUAUCAAAAUUUACCCUCGACAUUUUUUCGGCUUCGCGAUGCUAUAUUUUACUGGAAGUGAUCACUUUAAUCGAAGUAUGCGGCUUUUUGCGCAUAAGAACGGCUGGAGUCUUUCGGAUCGUGCACUUACUCGAGUGAUGCGAGCGAACGGAACCACAGUGCGUCUUGGUGAUAGCGUCAUCUGCGAAUCUGAAGUGGAUGUAUUCAUUGCUCUAGGACUCGAGUACAAGGAUCCAACCGAGCGCAAUUGUUUUGACAUCAAGUUUCUUGAUGAAGACGAAGCAAAGGUCAAACGACAGUCGAAACGGAGUGUCGAUGAUGACGAUGAUGGCGGCGAGUGA